UCAUCAGUCUCUUAAACAAAAGUUGAUGAAGGUUUCACAGCAACUUUACUGUAGUCUACCUCUCCGACCGCUGACAUGUCUGCAAUGAAUAGCUGGUGGAUUCCAUGCAUUGUUUUACUACAUUCCGCUUAUUUGGGAUCUUGUGAUUCAGACUCUGGAAUAGCAGAUGGAGCCCAGCCUGAGCUCUUCAUUUUCCACCAGUCGUGCGCCCUGAAGAAGGACGAAGGGCCCUGCAAGGCAUUAAAGGAGCGUUUCUACUUCGACAUUGACACGGGCCGCUGUGAGGCCUUCGAGUUCGGCGGCUGCAGAGGCAACGCCAACAAUUUUGAGACCUUGGAGGCGUGUGAGGAAAUGUGCCUGGUGUCUGUUGACAAGAGUCCCUGUCACCUGGAGGAGGCUCCGGGGCCAUGUCGAGGUCUGGUGACUCGCUACUUAUUUGACAACCAGAGCCAGGAGUGCAAGCAGUUCUACUAUGGAGGCUGCUUCGGCAACGCCAACAACUUCAAGAGUAUGAAAGAGUGCCGGGCUAGAUGCCAGAACCCAGAAAACCCCACUGUGGCCCUUAAAUUGGAUGUGGCCCCUAAAUUGAAGGACACCGUCCCACAACCCCAUAGCCAGCCCAGUGUGCAGUCUCUCAAAGUAACUGACUUCAAUCCUCCGGACUUGUGUCUCAGUCCCAUUGACAGGGGCACAACAUGUGAUGGAGAGGAGAGAACUGAGAGGAGAUACGUGUACAACCCCAAGACAAAGAGAUGUCAGUCGUUGCGCUACAACGGCUGCGGGGGAAACAAGAACAACUUUGUCCACAAGAGACACUGCAUGAAGAUGUGUGUGAAGCCAGAUCAGCAUCACAAAGGGAAGGUCAUUCGUAUAAAGAAGAAGAACAGCAACAUCUUGUUUCGAUCUGUCUAAAUCAAGGCUUCAUAUUAAACCCUUCCUACUUCCUAUUAAACCCUUCCUACUUCCUAUUAAACCCUUCCUACUUCCUAUUAAACCCUUCCUACUUCCUAUUAAACCCUUCCUACUUCCUAUUAAUAUUAAACCCCUCCUACUUCCUGUUAAACCCUUCCUACUUCCUAUUAAACCCUUCCUACUUCCUAUUAAUAUUAAACCCUUCCUACUUCUUAUUAAGCCCUUCCUACUUCCUAUUAAACCCUUCCUACUUCCUAUUAAACCCUUCCUAUUAAUAUUAAACCCUUCCUACUUCUUAUUAAACCCUUCCUACUUCUUAUUAAGCCCUUCCUACCUCUUAUUAAGCCCUUCCUACUUCCUAUUAAACCCUUCCUACUUCCUAUUAAACCCUUCCUAUUAAUAUUAAACCCUUCCUACUUCUUAUUAAACCCUUCCUACUUCCUAUUAAACCCUUCCUACUUCAUAUUAAACCCUUCCUACUUCCUAUUAAACCCUUCCUACUUCCUAUUAAACCCUUCCUACUUCAUAUGAAACCCUUCCUACUUCAUAUUAAUAUUAAACCCUUCCUACUUCUUAUUAAACCCUUCCUACUUCCUAUUAAACCCUUCCUAUUAAUAUUAAACCCUUCCUACUUCUUAUUAAACCCUUCCUACUUCCUAUUAAACCCUUCCUACUUCCUAUUAAACCCUUCCUACUUCCUAUUAAUAUUAAACCCUUCCUACUUCCUAUUAAACCCUUCCUACUUCCUAUUAAUAUUAAACCCUUCCUACUUCCUAUUAAACCCUUCCUAUUAAUAUUAAACCCUUCCUACUUCUUAUUAAACCCUUCCUACAUACACUACUUUUGAAUGAGUCUUUAUUUAUAUCAUUCUUAUUUGACUUUGGUAUGUCCUUGUAGUAUUGCAGCAAUUGUAUAAAAGGCUUGUUUUGGCCUAUUGUGUAAUGUUGUAUUGCUUAUUGUAACCUUUUAACCGUUUGUAAGAAGAUUUUUUUUAGUAAUAUCACAAUUUUAUACAUUUUCUUUACUGUCACAUACCAAAUACCGGUAUAUAAUUGUAUUUUUUUUUUUUUCCUGAGGACACCAGACAGGUUUUUUUUUUUUUGACAAAUGAUGAACAUUAAUUAUCCCAAAAGCACUGCACAUGUAAUAUCAUACAAUAAAGCACAUUAUCUGUAUCAAGUACUGUACAUUAUCUAUAUAAAUUACUGUAAAUGA